AUGUUUCCCACGCUCGCCCUCCGGAACUUUGCUUGCCGAAUUACGCUUUUCACGCGUUCGAACUGCAAGCUAUGCUCAGAUGCGAAGGGAGUCUUGUCUAAUGUCUGGGACAAGCGACCCUUCGAGUACGAUGAGAUCAACGUCAUGGAGCAUUCCGAUCAGAAGUGGAAGAACAUGUACGAAUUCGAUACACCUGUGAUCCAUGUAGACAAAGCAAAAGAGUCCGGCCAGUUCAGCACUACCAGCGAGGCCAGAAAACUCAUGCAUAGAUUCAAGGAGCAUGAGGUUGAGAAACUGAUGGACGAAGCCAUGCUGGAUGCGCCAUCCCCAUCCUCCUCUGCCUAA